AUGCAUCCCAUCAAAGUUGCUGACAAGAUGCAAUUAGUGUCCUGGGAGGCUUCUGGGGUCACUACUAUUACNUUCGGCCGCAGCUCGUACCUCAUCCAGCACCAGAUCAUCCACACGGGCGAGAAGCCCUACACCUGCCCGUCCUGCUGGAAGAGCUUCAGCCACCACUCGACGCUGAUCCAGCACCAGCGCAUCCACACGGGCGAGAAGCCCUACGUGUGCGACCGCUGCGCCAAGCGCUUCACCCGCCGCUCAGACCUGGUCACCCACCAGGGCACCCACACGGGCGCCAAGCCGCACAAGUGUCCCAUCUGCGGCAAGUGCUUCACGCAGAGCUCGGCCCUGGUCACCCACCGGCGCACCCACACCGGGGUCAAGCCCUACCCGUGCCCCGAGUGCGGUAAGUGCUUCAGCCAGCGAUCCAACCUCAUUGCGCACAACCGCACGCACAACGGCGAGAAGCCCUACCACUGCCUCGACUGCGGCAAGAGCUUCAGCCACACCUCGCACCUCACCGCCCACCAGCGCACCCACCGCGGCGUCCGGCCCUACUCCUGCCCCAUGAGCUUCAGCCGGCGUUCCAACCUGCACCGGCAUGAGAAGAUCCACACGGCGGGGCCCAAGGCCCUGGCCAUGCUGAUGCUGGGCGCGGCUGGGACUCUGGCGGCACCCCCGCCUGCCCCUACCUAGGAGGCUGGGAGGGAGGGGCCGGGGCAUCUGCUGUGGGGGUAUGACCUGGGAGACCCAAGAAGGGAGGCGGGGAGGUGCUGGCAUGGGGGUGGCAACACGGGAGGAGCUCGGAUGAGGACCAGGCAUGCUCGCCGCAAAUUAAAGGCCUUGGAA